UAGACAUGGAUGCCUACCAGCACAUUUUGUAUGUGAAUUUAAGCGUGUUUUAUUUUUCUUUGUGCUUGUCUUCAUGUAAAACAUUUCGGGAUUUUUUCCCGAAGCAUACAUGUUGAAAGAAGAGGAACUGGUAAAGGAAAGGAGACUUGUGGACAUGACAGCUGCUGCUGCCCGAUAACCUCUGGAAGUGGAGUUUUGGCGCGGCUUCGCAAUAGUGACAGAAACUAGUUAACUAGCGAGCUUUAGACAGAGCUUAUAUCUCCUUUCUGAUUCAUUUACACGGUAAAAUCAGGAUGGUGGGGAAUAAAUAUGUGUUUCAAAUGACUGGAGUCAGGAAUCUCCAGCAGAAAAGAGAGCUUCUUCAAGGCAUCAGGCGGCUACGUGGGAAGUAUAUAGGAGGCUCCGAAUACCAAGAGACGAUGACCCAUCUUAUAGUCACCAGACUUGUGGCGAGUGAGAAGUUCAUUGCAGCAUGUGCUGGAGGGAAGUGGAUAGUAACUCCAGAGUUUGUGCUGGACAGUGUGAAACAACAGGCAUGGCUAUCAGAAGCCUCAUAUGAGUUAAACCUCAGUGCUAACCUUAAGGCUCUUGCUAUUACCAACCCUCUUCAGAAAUGGAGGGAGAAAGUAGCCAGAGGCUUUGUGUCUGGAGCUUUCCAGGGCUGGGUAGUGCGUCUUGAUAUUGAAGAUACUGGUAAAAGGGGCAUGUUCAAAAGAAUACUGAAAGCAGGAAAGGCUGUGGUCUGCACUGACAAGUCGGCUACACAGGCUGUUACACAUGUGUUUACCAAAGAUGGAAGCAAGAUGUCACAAAAUGUCCGAGCACCCUACCACACCAUCAGCUUCAUUGCUCAUCAUCUCUUUGGGUCUCUUUGCUCAAGUUUGAACUGGUCCAUUAAUUUGGACAAACCUAAAUUCCAAGAGAACUUUGUGCAAGAGGAGGCAACUGAGGACAGUUCACUUAAAAUGGAGGAGGAAUCUAUGGACGUAAUGUAUAACUUGCUUCUCUGUGAGCUAGAGGAAAAGCUUAAAGACUACAUUAUGAAAAUGGAGCUGAGAAAGAGGAAGCUGCUAAAAGUCCCAGAGCUUUUCAACUACUAUACGCCCGUCUUUCCAACUCAGGUUGCAACAGUGGAUUUCAGUAAUGUUUGCAGCUUGGUAGAAUGUGGCCUCUUCCCUCAGGCUAUGGAGGAUGUGCAGUGCUCUCUGCAGCCCGGGGUGCUUCCUCCAGCCUCCGCUCUCCAUGCGUGUAUGCAGCAUGCCCUACACGGUGAGGCACAGUCAUACUUUCUCAGCAUGUUCAGCACUGUUCUGAAUGACAUACUGCGGAACAAUCCUACUUGGAGGUCUCCUGGGAGCGUCAAAUACUUCCUCCAGAUCCUGCAGUGCCCACAGUGUAAAAAUGGAGUCUGGCCACUUCUACAAACAUCAGUGAGGUUUUGCUUGUCAAGCGCAGCUACCUGUCACUCACUACCUAGCCCCGCCCCUUCAGAGCUGCUCCGCUUCCAUGGUAACCUGCAGGCGUUCUUUCUCAGGUUGUUUCAGCUGGAACUUCGUGCUGCUAUCUCGUGUGGGGGAGGCUCGCGGACGUCUGUGCUCUACAGCAUGUUCUGGAACGUGUGGGAGAAGUCGAUACUGAGCUCCAGGGCCCUGCAGCAGCUGGCUGAACUGCUGGUAGAGGCCACGCUCUGGGGUCUCCACUCAACUCAGGAGUGGAAAGGGAGAUUGCUGGCCACAUUGCAGGAGAUCCUGGCUGUAGUGGUGGAGUACUGGGCUCAAGAGCAUAGUAAGCUCAACAGCCGUCUGGUGGACAAAGGCUUCCAGGACUUGGCAGAGUACAUAGCCAUCCUGUGCCAAGACCUUCAUCCGGACACUCUGAAAGAGCUGGUUCCUGCCCUGCCCUCUCCUCGGCUCAGGAUGCUCACCGUUGAGGCCAUCUACAGAAACAUCUGCUCCAGAAAUGGCCUGUUCAUCCACCCAGAGCCCCUCUCUCUGCUCAAAAUAGUUUCCUCCUAUCUGAAAGCCCUGGGGCAGUUGUGUGGGUGCAGUCUCAUGCAUGCACACAAUCGCAGGGCAGAGAGAAGCAUCUCCACCGGCUCAGAUAGUCAGGUCUCAAACACAGGAGAAAAAGACCGAGUGGGCGGCUCAGGCUCAGGGAAGGAGAACAUCCCGAGAGGUUUCCACAGAGUCAAUCCUGCAGGGGAGACACUCCUCCAUCGAGCCUGCAAGAGGAACCAGGUGGAGACGGUGCUGCAUAUCCUCAGCCUGCCUGGAACGGACGUCAAUGUUAAAGACCAUGCAGGCUGGACACCCCUUCAUGAAGCAUGUAACCAUGGCAGCAGUGAGUGUGUGGAGGUCUUGCUGCAGAAUUGCCCUGGCCUGCAACUGGACAGUCAGGUGAAGGGAGUGAGCCCACUGCAUGACGCGCUACUCAACCAGCACACAGACAUUGCCAAAAUGCUCUUGCGCCAUGCAGGGGAAAAUCUUGUCAGGACAGAAAUGUUUUUGCCACGUUUGCCUGUUUGGAUGCCAUGUGCAAUCGCUGUGUGUGAGCUUUGAAGUGUGCGACAUGUGUCAACAUACUGGAAGCAGGACGGCUAGACGACGGUUAAGGGACGAGGGGAGGGGGAGGAGAAACGAGCUGUGUCUUUCCCACGCGUCUCGACACCACUCGCCGCUCUACUCUGCUUCAACUAAUUAUAGUUAAUUUGAUUCCGCUCUCCCAUUAACACAUGUACAUAUUCUGGCCUCAAAAAGUAAAUUAGAUUGGGAUUGUUUUGGUCCCGGUGAGAACAUGUUUUUUUUUUUCUUUUCUUCCAAGACGGCAGAGACUAGCCCAAUAGAAGUGAACGAAAAGAGGUCAGAGGAGGAUGUUUGGGAAAAUUAGAAGUGUGAUGUGUCUGGGAAACAGACAGCUACUCAGUACUCAUGACACACACAGACACGCAUACCAAACCUGACUGUGCGAUGGUGGUUAUCCUAUUACUGGCCUCUGCUGUAGAAAUACAGGGUUGGUUUUGAAACUAUUUGAGCAUGUUAUGCGACCAGUGCAUAGUGGUGGAUGAUACGGCCUUAACAUACCACAUAUUUAUAAAACAUGAAUAGUUUCAGGUUUAAAAUCUGAUUGAAGCUCUGUUCCUAGCAGUAACACAUUGCACACAUCAUUUGAAUUCUGUAUUAAAUUAUGAAGCACUCAAAAUUAUCCGGUAAUAAGAAAAAUGCUCAUAUUAUAAGUAUGACAAGUUUGACCAUCUUAAAUAUGCAAGUGUAUUUAUCCCUGACCAAGUACUGGAUUGUGUCCAGUCAUGCCCAUAUCUAACUCUGUUACAUAACUGCUUCAGGCAGGAUUAUUAGUCAUCAAUGUCUGAUGGCAUCGCCAGUCACUGAAAGUUUUCAUCUGUGCUGAUUGUCAAUCAGAUUGCCAUUUUGAAUGUCCAGAAAUGUGAUGUCUGAUUCACAAACGUAAUUAUAUUUCUGUGUCAGAUUUCUUUUAACAAGUUUUUGUUUAUCAUGUAAUGUUAGCCCAUGUUCUUAUUUUUCCUACCUGUUUUCAUGCUUGUUAAACUUAUAAAGCCAUGCAUCAGCCAUCCACAUACAGAAUGCCUUCUUUCACAUUGUGAUGUUUGAGCAAUGGGAAGUGAUGAAAGAAUGAGUGCAGUAAAAUUCAUAGACUUAAUAAUUUUAUUACUGUGCCUUGUGUUGGGCUUUAUUGAAAAGAAAAGAAAAAAACACUCCAGGUGGAAACACGUGAAGGUGCAGGGCUAAACUUCUGUAGGCUUUAUACGUGGAUGUAUCUAAAUGCGGUGAUUUUGGUGACAUCACAAUAAUAGUUCCCUAACUACCAAACCACUGCAGACAGAAAUUUCAGCACUUUUUGUAGGCUUGAUCUGAUCACAGAAAGCUUCGUAAGUUGCUGAUAGUAUAGUCGGUCACUGAUGACUGAUGUCACUGAUGUUAUGAUUUAAGCAUCCAAAAAUGUGCUGUCCGCAACUUUAAGAUGACAAAGUGUUUGUCUCUUUGGCAGAUUUCUUUUAACAAUUUUACAUUUCACAUGUAAUGAUUUUCCAUGUCCUACAUCAACCCUGAUAUUUUGCUU